AUGGAGAAAUCCAAGAACUUUCGAAUCGAUGCCCUACUGGCGGACGAGCCUCACCGAGGAAACAGGGACGUCUCUCCGGGACUGAGCAAUGACAGUCCCACCGGCAGCCCGGUGUCCUGUAGGCGUGCAGAUACACCUUCUCCCCGGGGGACCACCGGAGCCAUCCAGCUUCAGACCGGAAUCAUACCCAAACCGGGACUUCUGAACCUCCCGCACCCAGGACUUGCCUCACUGCCGCAGGGGACAAUCCCUGGCAUGUACCCGGCAUCCAUGUAUCCCAUCUCCGCCCUGGGAGGCCAGCACCCAGCCUUCUCCUACUCCGGCUUCACGCAGCUGACCCCGCCGUACCCAGAGCACCUGAAAGCCGCAGCCAUGGCCGGGUCCUUCCCCCUGGAGCACUGGAUUCGGGCUGGGAUCAUGGUGCCACGCCUUCCGGAUUACAGCUCCGCCCCCCAGUCGGGUCUGAUGGGGAAGUGUCGAAGGCCCCGCACAGCCUUCACCAGUCAGCAGCUGCUGGAGCUGGAGAACCAGUUCAAACUGAACAAGUACCUCUCCAGGCCAAAACGUUUCGAGGUGGCCACCUCACUGAUGCUUACUGAAACGCAGGUGAAGAUCUGGUUCCAGAACAGGCGCAUGAAGUGGAAGCGCAGCCGCAAGGCGAAGGAGCAGGCGGCGCAGGGGGAGGCCGAGCGCCAGCGCAGCGGCAAGCCGGCUGACAAGCCAGGGAACGGGCGGAGGCCGGGCGUGGCCGACGAGGACGACCUGGAGGAAGAGGAGGGGGAGGAGGAGGAGGAGGAAGAGGACGUGCACCGAGAGUUCGGCGUCUCCAUGGGGGGCGGCGUCGGGCUUCCGCGCCCCUCAGACUUCCUGCAGCACACGGCCGAGCUCGGCUACAGCCCCCACAGCCCCUACUCCGAGGAUGAUCUCGAGGAGGUGGGCGGGGACCGGAAGAUUGGGGCGGGGUUGUGA